AUGCGCAACAACUCGAUCACCUGCCUGCUGGCCCUCUCCUUCGUCCUUGCUGCGUGCCUGGGCGUGGAGGGCAUGACCUCCUUCCCCGCCAACAUCAGGGUGCCCGACGGCCACACCUUCGCCGUCUCCUACUUCGCGGCGGGCUUUCAGAUCUACCGCUGCAACGUGUCCACCGGCUCGUGGGUUCUGAACCGGCCUGAGGCCGACCUCUGGCCGAGCAAGAUCGGGCAUGACCUGAACGAGACCCGCGUGGGCUACCACAGGUUCGUCGACGGCCGCCCCACCUGGUACACAGUCUCCGCGAAGGACUACCAUGUGACGGACUCGCGAGUAACUGCUAAGGCUGAGGCAACGGCUCCUGAUGCGCCCAACAUUGCGUGGGUGCUGCUCAAGACCUUCUCCACGGAAGGCUGUGGCCCCCUUUCGCGUGUGACCUACGUCCAUAGAGUUAAUACCAACGGAGGCACUGCGCCGGCAGGUGCAUGCAGCGAAGGCGACGGCGAGUACUCGUCGCCCUACACUGCAGAGUACUGGUACUGGGUGGCCACGGAGGACGCGGUCUGCGGUAGUGCCUCCGUCCGCACAUCAUCCAUCUUCUCCAUCUAG